AGACCUUGUGUUUAAUUUUGAAAAGAUUUGUCAGUUAAAGAAUUUUCCUUUUUUGAAUUCUUUACAGAAUUUUUAGGAUAUGUUAACUUUCUUCUUUGACAGUUUCUUACUGAAUGUGAUCAAUUUAUUGAAUGUGAUCAAGUUACAGUGUAAUUUGAUCACAUUCAAUAAACAUUCUUCUUGUAACUUCUUAAAAUUUCAAAAUAGGGUAGUUCUAAAAGGUAAAUGUAGGAAAAGAUGUAACUUUUUUCCCAUUUCUCUUUUUAUCCAUGUAGCAUAUCAGAAAGGCUAGCAGACAGUUUCUCCUUUGUAAUGAGCUCUGUGUUUGUACUGGGAAUAAAGGGAGGAUUUCCUUCCAGUGCUUAAUACCCUGUGAUCCUGAGACAGAGAUAUUCUGAUUUUCCUUUCUCUUCCAGUCCCUCCAGUACAGAUAGCAUUUCAUUAAGUUUCACUCAGGUUUACUGUGCUAGCUACCUUUGAAAAUCUUGUUUGUAGCAAAACAUAUUUCACUGCCUUCCUUCAAUAAUUUAUUUUUAUUUCUUGGAAAGUAAGCUUUCCCAGAGUAGUGAUUCAUCAGUCGAUCAGAACGUCAUUUCCAUCUUGUUUGCCAUAGAACUCUCCUUCUAUAAACUUGAAAGAGUUACGUUUUAUGUGUCACUCUGUGUGUACACACAUUGAAAGAGCAGAGAAGAGCUGCAGGAGUCUGCUGCUUCGCCAUGUUGGUUUGAGACGAGGCUCAGGCUUGCGACCCAGCACCUUCGCCUUCUCAGCCAUUUCCACUUCCGCCUUCCCCAGCUUUGGUUUUUUUUGUUUUUUGUUUUUUGUUUUUUGUUUUUUUUUGAGACAGGGUUUAUCUGUGUAGCCCUGGCUGUCCUGGAACUCACUUUGUAGACCAGACUGGCCUCGAACUCAGAAAUCCACCUGCCUCUGCCUCCCAAGUGCUGGGAUUAAAGGCAUGUGCCACCACACCCGGCCUAUUUUGCUAUUUUUUGUUUUUUAAAUUAUUAUUGGUAUUCUGAUGUUUUCCUGUUAAGUCCUCUUUUACCCUUUAGAUUAACAAAACAAAAGCUAGAUUCUGUACCUUAGGAAUUGGGUGGUUUUGUUUUUGUUGUUUUGUUUUUGUUGUUGGUUUUUUUUGUUUGUUUGGUUUGGUUUGGUUUGGUUUGGUUUGGUUUUGGUUUUUUGAGACAGGGUUUCUCUGUACAGCCCUGGCUGUUCUGGAACUCACUUUGUAGACCAGACUGACCUUGAACUCAGAAAUCUGCCUGCCUCUGCCUCCCAAGUGCUGGGAUUGUUAAAGGCAUACACCACCACUGCCCAGCUUGGAUUUGGUCUUAUUUUUGUAAAAUCAUCUGUUUUGAAAAUUCAUGUUCGUGAGUUCUAGGAAGCUUUUUUGUAAUUAUUUAUCUAAUGAACAUUUUGUGGAUGCUUAUUGCUGAGGAAGUAGAGUCUCCUAUACUAGCAUCUGGGAUUGUCUGUAUUUCAUAUGUAUGGUUAUUAUAAUUUUGUAUUUUUUAGGAAAUUUUCUUAACUUUCUCAACUAUUUUCUUAUGUUUCUCCCUUAGACUUUUACUACAGUUUAAAAUGUUCGUGAGCUCUUUAUUUUUUAACUCCUUUGAAAAUCUGUCUUAUUACAUUUUGUGUCUUUUUAUUAGUGAUAAAUAUUCCUUAUAGAAUGCUUCUCUUUCCACUUUUGUUAAAGUUUAUACAUAUGUGGGAAUGGAUAUACUUCCUAUGCAGAUUAUUUUAUGUGGUAUAGCCAUUCAUAUAUUAUCAAAGAAAAGAACAUACACUGUGAUUAGCCACUCAUAUUUUCUGUCAUUUUUCAUUUUAUUUCACAUUGCUUCAUGUGAUUGAUGGCAGCACUCUUACACAGUCCUUAGCAAUGAACUAGUUCUACUCCAUUUAAGUGGUGUUUUCAUAAAGGGUUCCAAACAAUGGCAUCUCCCCCACAGGAAUGUUGUGUGUGAAGAUGUUAGAGAAAAGAAAGUAGUAGAAUAGUAUAAAUAACUGGAUAUGUGAGUUCUAUUUAACAUUGCGUGUGAGAUAAUAGCCUACUGCAAUUACAUCCAUUCUAGACAUGGAAUUAAAUGCCAUACACCAAAGAAGAAUGUGCUGACAGCCCGUGCUUGUCGUAGCUUUAACUGCUCUCAUCUUUAUGAAUCAAAUCUACUAGCAGUGACUACUGUUUAGGAUUUCUUCAUCUCCUUAUUGUAUGUCCCUACUUAUGAGUCAAAUGCAGGCCUCUGCAGACUUCCAAGCACAUACACAUUAAUUGAUUCAGAUAUUCUCUGCAGUUGUUACUAAUGAAAUAUUAGUGGUUAAAGUACUUCUCCAAUUAGGAGCAUUUAACUUAAUCAGUUUAGUGAUUAAGUUACAUAGGCCAGUUGUUUUAUUUACAUAAUCAUUUGUUCCUUUUCUUGGUGUAUUUAUGUUGAUGUACUUACAUUGGACAGCAGAAACAUUUUCUGUAGUCUUGAGUGUCCUAAAAGAAAGAGACUGGCAUUUUGAAUGCAUGAUACUAAAUUUAAAUGUUGGAGCCUGGAUGUGGGCCACCUCUGGUCAUCAGUGCACUCUAAACUGACCCUGACUUCCCUCCUCAUUGGUUUGUAGCUCUGCACAUCAUCGUUGACCAGGCUUCAUGCUUCAGUCCUAUUUAUGCCAUGAGCUAGAGUGUAAGGCAAUGACAGUGAAGACCUCGAGCACAGGGAAGCAGCUGUUCUAAUGGUCUUUACUUCAUGUGACAUCUCUGAUUAUAGAGCAUUUUAAUCUCAUUAUGAAGAAAUGAAAAGCAAAGAGAGUGGUAUUCAGUUAACAGAACAACUACUAUCUUCGUAUAAGCAGCAUCAGAGACAACUGAAGAUGAAAAAAAUAAAACCAAAAGAAAAAAAAAAAAAACAAAACUACUGGCUCCAUAUAUAACUAAUUUGUGCUGUGCACCAACAAGAACCUGCUUUAAAUUUCCAUGCCAAUUUACAACCCCCAGACUGUACCAGGCAAGGUUAGUGGCUAUUGAAAAUACCACCAGGACAGGGCUAUCUAAAGGCACAUUCGGUAGUGUGUUAACUAUACAAAAAAAGACACUGUACAGUUUAAAAACAAAUCUUACACAGCCUUACAUUUCAAUUUUUUUUCUUUAAAAGGAGUGAGUUGUGUACAGGGGGGAUAAAAGCUUUAUAGACAAGAAAAAAAACUGUGCUAGAACCAACUUAUUCAUCAUCAUCUUCUUCAUCUUUGUCUUUCUCUCCUUCCUCCUCUUCCUCGUCCUCUUCAUCCUUCUCGUCAUCUUCCUCUUCCUUCUUUUUCUUGCUCUUUUCAGCCUUGACCACCCCCUUUUUUGCUGCAUCAGGUUUUCCUUUAGCUCUGUAGGCAGCAAUAUCCUUCUCGUACUUCUCCUUCAGCUUGGCAGCUUUCUUCUCAUAGGGCUACUUGUCAUCCGCUGCAGUGUUGUUCCACAUCUCUCCUCGUUUCUUUGCAACAUCACCAAUGGAUAAGCCAGGAUGCUCGCCUUUGACUUUGGGGCGGUACUCAGAACAGAACAAGAAGAAGGCCGAAGGAGGCCUCUUGGGUCCAUUGGGGUCCUUGAACUUCUUUUUGGUCUCCCCUUUGGGGCGGAUGUAGGUUUUCAUUCUCUUUCAUAAUAAGCUUUGUCAGCCUUUGCCAUAUCUUCAAAUUUCCCCUUUUCUUUAGCAGACAUGGUCUUCCACCUCUCUGAGCACUUCUUGGAAAACUCUGAGAAGUCGACAGAAGCAUCCGGGUGCUUCUUCUUGGGCUCCUCCCGGCAGGUUUGCACAAAGAGUGCAUAUGAGGACAUUUUGCCUCUCGGCUUCUUAGGAUCUCCUUUGCCCAUGUUUAGCUGAUUUUCCUCUGAGAGGCACAGAGUCGCCCAGUGCCGGUCCAGCUCUCGCAUGACCCGGCGCGCUGUCCCUUGGAGCUCAAUGUACUGCAAAGGCUGUGAGUGGGAGCCAGCUCUAUCAAAGUUUCUUAUGUCUGUCUACAUUUGUUUACUGAGUGCAUUCUUUCAAGGAGCAUGAGGUCCAAGUGCUAGGUUUGCGCUAUAUUUGACUUGAUCCUAACUAAAGGAGUAAAUAUGUGUUAUGUGGAGUUCAGGUAACAUGUUGCCUUUUGUUUUAUUUUCAAGGUGGGCAUGUUGAAACUUUGAUCAGUUUGGAAUAUUCAGUUGGAAUUGUCUUUGUUUAGCCCUCAUAUGAAUGAUGGAUAGUUCUAAAUAGUUUUCAUAUAACACCAGCAGAUUUUCAUUAGUUUUCACUUCCCAAGGACAUCUGACAGACACUGGAUAGAAUCAAAGCAAAUACUGGGUGUUCUUUUGGCAUUUGCCUGAUGUAAAGAUGGCUGUGCAUAGCUCCCACAAGUUAUUUGUGGUUUUUCCUGAACUUUUCCUUUUGCAGCAAAGUUCUAUUUUCAUUAACUACACACUAUUUUAAAGUAGAAGAUGGAGGUGAAAGGUCAGUUUGUGUCACCUUUGGAUUUUUUUUCUUCGUUAAAGCAAUGGCAGUUUUGAUCGUAACAGAGAACUACCUGGAGUUUGGCCUUGAAACAGGGUUUACAAAUUUUUCAGACAGUGCAAUGCAGUUUCUUGAAAAGCAGGGUUUAGAAUCUCAGGGCCCUGUUUCAAAACUUACUUUCAAAUUUUUCCUGGCUGUUUUCUGUUCACUCAUUGGGGCUUUUUUGACAUUUCCUGGAUUACGGCUGGCUCAAAUGCAUCUGGAUGCCCUGAAUAUGGCAACAGAAAAAAUUACACAAACAUUACUUCAUAUCAACUUCUUGGCACCUUUAUUUAUGGUUCUGCUCUGGGUGAAACCAAUCACCAAAGACUAUAUCAUGAACCCACCGUUGGGUAGAGAGAGUGUCCCUCUAAUGACAGAAGCCACAUUUGAUACUCUUCGACUCUGGUUAAUAAUCCUGCUCUGUGUUUUGCGGUUGGCCAUGAUGCGAAGUCACCUGCAAGCAUAUUUAAAUUUGGCCCAGAAAUGUGUGGAUCAAAUGAAGAAAGAAGCUGGCCGAAUAAGUACAGUUGAGCUACAGAAAAUGGUGGCGCGAGUCUUUUACUACCUGUGUGUCAUUGCCCUGCAGUAUGUGGCACCUCUGGUAAUGCUGCUUCAUAUGACUCUGCUUCUGAAAACACUAGGUAAUCAUUCCUGGGGAAUUUAUCCAGAAGCCGCCUUUCCCUUGCCAGUGGAUAAUAAUCUCCCCGCCAACUCGGCUUACCCUGAACUACCAUCACCUGAUGGGAAGAUGAAGGUAACUGUUACACAAAUCACAGUGGCCCUGAGCAGCUUAAAAAACAUCUUCACGCCUCUCCUUUUUCGAGGACUUCUGUCAUUUUUGACAUGGUGGAUUGCAGCUUGCCUCUUUUCUACAAGCCUUUUUGGGCUUUUCUAUCAUCAGUAUUUGACAGUGGCAUGAAUUUCAGUCAAAAACGGAUAUCCAAGUCACACUUUAAAUUCAAAUAUCUGUGCCCUUGAAGGAUUGACAAAAGAAGAAUGCAAAUAGAACGGAGAAAAAAAUUAUUGGAGUGUUUUGUUUUGAAUGCUUCCUCUGUACUCUCAGGGUGAAUUAAUGUUGUAAUAUUUAAAACUCAUGAGAUAGGUUGUUACACUGUUACACACUGUGGCAUUGGAAUUGUAACUCAUUGAGAGAACUAAUGUGAGAGGGCUCUCUGCAGGGGUAAUCCUUCUGAUUAUCUUGGUUUACAGUUGCAAACCUCCAACAGUCUGUUAGACUUCUUCUAGGACUCCAGUUACUGACUGCUUUUCAUGGUGUUGUGGUACUGUUACUACUCAUAGUUGCUGCCUACAGAACAAUCUUCAAACUGAGCCAUGCUCGAGGGAAGGGAAAGGAACGAAAAUUACUUCUGUUGGUAAUGUAUUAGUCUUAAAAAAAAAUCCAACAGAAAGGAAGAGAAAGCUACUGUAUAUUACAGUAAGAAAAGCUGCAUAGUCAUUUUAAAUUGAAUGGAGAUAUAAAUUACCUAUUGUCUACAAGUACUGUUACUUGAGAGUAGCAGGAAUAUUCUUUUAAAGUGAAUGCCACCCAGCUUGAAAGUUCUUUUUAAAUGAUUGGCCAUAUGAACAUCAGCGGUCUCACUGUUAGUUUUGGGCCUUGCUGUAUUUUAUUUUUUCUUUGAUUUUAAAUAGUUAUGUUUAAUCUAAAAAUAUUUAUCAAUACUGAUCAAAUUUGAGAAUUACUUUGCAAUCCUGCUGACUACGUGUAUGUAUUGUGUAUAUAUUAUAUAUUAAAUAUAUAAUAUAUUGAGGUUAUAAAAGAUGAAAAUAUUGAAUCCUUAUAAUAUUUUAAGUUUCAGAACGUACGUUAAACAAUGAUUUGAAUGAGAUGUAUUUGUAUCUGGAAAUUUCUGUUUGGAAUGAGAUUAAAAUACAUUUUUUUAAAGCUCAACAGAGUGUAAUUUAUUUGUUGUACAUAUAUGAUAAUAGUACUUAAAAUGUCAUGAAGAUUAGUUGAUUUCUCACAAAUUAAAUUUCAUUUUCUGUU